GACCACGUUGCGUCUGACCCGGUAGAACGGCAGUCCGUAGAAAGUAGGGGUGGAAUCAUUACAAAAAUUGGAAACGUCGACCGUGUUAGUGGUUCGUUGGUAGUCACUCGUUCCAUAGGUGAUGCCGACCUCGCCGACGUUCUCUCCCAGGUCCCUGAUGUUCUUCCUUUUUCUAUGGUAGAAAUGAGGGCUUUGUGUGGAUAUUCUUCCAAGAUUCCAUGCUUCGUGAUCUUGGCCUCUGAUGGACUUUGGGAUCGAAUUUCGAAUCAAGAAGCGGUACGUUGCAUCUGGCGCUGA